AUGGAGGAUUCUGAAAGGCCACAAGCAAUACGCUCGCAUUCGGUGUUGACAAUUACAACCUUAACGCCGCAGAUAGUGGGUAGUAGCUCUAGCGCUAACGAUGAUAUUAUCUCCGAAGACCCUUAUUACGAUAAUGAGUUAACUUUAACAGGCGAUGAACUUUUUAGAGCUGUUCAAAAAGUUACCUCGGCAAAUAACAAAAACGAGUACACUAAAGAAUUUAAUGGCAAAGUGGGACUAGAAAAACCGGAGAAACCAAAAGUACCAAAAAGACAUUUAUUUCGACCAACAUGGUCUAAUAUAAGGAAAGGAUUUCUUCAUGUAUACUUAUAUAUUAUGAGAAAAGCAACCUGGCCAAUGGCGAAGAGAGUAAUAAAAGCGGCCGUAGCUUACUGGCUUGCUUAUGUGAUUGACCUGAUUGUACCUGUAAUGAAAUCAGUAGGCUCUUAUACUUUCUUAGCCAUUGUCAUGGUCUGCUACUUUCAACCUUCGAGAACUUUUGGCUCGCUAUUUGAGAGUGCCGGUUGGGGUAUUAUUGCAGCAUGCAUGGCAACAGCAUGGUCUUUAACUGGUAUUACAUUAUCUAAUGCAGUACGUGAUCCAAGCCAAAUCUUUGAUAUCUGGGCUACGAUAAUACAUGUUUCUUUCUUAGCGGUCGGAACAUUUGUCUUAUCAUAUGAUAAAAUUAAAUGGCCACCGAUGCGAUAUGGUGCCAUCAAUGCGUGCAUCAUCAUGACCUUUUCUUUAACACAAGCUUACGUAAGAUCUCACGAUACAUAUCAUAUCAUGAAAUCCUUGUUAAUUCCAAUGUUGAUCGGACCUGCAUGCUCUCUCUUGGUUAAUAUCACUUUAUGGCCAGAACAUGCUACGACAAAUUAUAUUCCAUACUUACACGAAACUUUACAGAGCUUUAUUGAUUUACUUGAUCAAGAAACUCAUUUUUUCCUUCGAGAUACUUACAAUAGAAAUACUAUCGCUAAACUUCAUAGGACAGUACAAGAUAAUCUUGCAAAUCUUGACAAAGCAAGACAAGAAGCUCAACAUGAAGUCUCCUUUUCGAAAAUUGGACCAGAAGAUAUUUUGGAAAUAACUAGACUCAUUAAAUCUAUGAAUAUGACAUUAGGAGGAUUGGCCUUAAGUGGUGUAAUCGAAGAAGAAUUAAUGAGGGAUGGGCAAGAAGGCACUGUAGAAAUUCGGAUUGAUGGUAAUAAUACUGAUCGACAAUCAAUUACGGAUCAAGCAUCUUUUAGUAUAGACGAACCUCUUUCGCCCACCAGUACCAUAGGAACAAUUGCUAAUGAAGAGGAUCUUACGAACCUUUUAAAGAUCCUUCAACCUAUUUGUACUGAACUUUCAGAAGCAUGUCAAUUGUGUUUAGCAGAUUGUAUUGCACGUGUGGAUCAUCUGCAACACAAUUGUUGUGACCCAUGGUAUUACCGAUGGUGGCCAUUCAAACUUAAGCCUAGAGCGGAUCAUAAUAAAAACGUUCUUGAUGAUCCUUUUGGUUACUUACAGGAGGCCAUUGCAAAUUUCAAUGAUUCACGUGAGGAAAGUUUGACUCGUUUGUUUGCUAAUACGAGAACAAUCAGUCCUUCGCCACAGAGAUUAUUAUUGUUGCUGAUCCUAUUUGAGAAUAGUCUUAAAGAGGUUGCUGAGAGUCUUGGCUUCUUGGUAGGAUUAGUUAAAGUUCUUUCAACUACAAGGCAAUCCAAGAAAUUUUGGUUCCCUAUGAUACCGAUUUUGAAACGAAUAAGAAAUUUUGGUGAAAUUGAUGAAGAUGGUUGGAAAAUUUUUGAACAUAAAACUAGACAAGAGGAGGAGGAAGAACUUGGAAAUGAAGUUUUUGAUCCUGAUGUAACUCCGCCAUCAAAUUCAAUUCAAAAAUUCUGGUAUAAUCUUUGGCGUAUAAGAAACUGGUUUGAUAGUAAAUACGCGGUAUUUGCCUUCAAGAACGCUUUGGUUGUUACCUGUCUAAGUUUACCGGCAUUCUUACCCGAAUCUUCUAAGUGGUUCGAUAUUUAUCGCGGUCAGUGGGCAGUUGUUAGUGCCGUACUUUCGUUUGCACCAACGACCGGUGGCGCAGUCCUUCAAUUCUUGGGUCGACUUCUCGGUGUGGGUACAGGUGCCGUAAUGGCAUUAAUAGCAUGGAAAAUGACUAAUGGCAACGUAUAUGGUUUGGCAUCUGUCUUGUUCUUAUUUUCUCUUCUCCUUUGGUUUGUCUACCUGAACGCGAAAGUAUGGACUGUUGGUGGUAUUAUUAUGUUGGUGAACUUCCCAUUGGUUCUUACAAAUGCAUAUCAAGCCAGUCAUGGUAUCGGUGUUGAUGAUAUUUACACUAUAGCUGCAAAGCGAACGACAGCCGUAAGCAUUGGUAUUACAGCAGCUUUUGUCAUGAAUAUGAUUCCUUGGCCCCACACUGGACGUGUCGAAGUUCGCCAUCGACUCGCACGCACAAUCGCAGAUAUUGGAGUUCUUUAUUCAAUGACGGUUUCUUACCUUAUUAAGGGAGAUAAGUAUUCCGGUAAUCUUAUAACGACAAAACCAUUCCGAAAACUUGUCACUAGAAUUAAUCGAUCCAUAGCUAUCGAACGAUUGCUUUUAUCUCGUACGGUGUACGAACCUCCAUUAAGAGGAAAUUAUCCUAUGGAAAAAUAUGCUCAUAUGAUAGAGAUUGUAGAACAUAUGGUCAAUCUUGUAAGCGGAAUAGAAUAUACAUUACAUGGAUUAAAUGGAACUGAAUGGAAAACAGAUUUAGCUGAUGUUUUAAAUCCAUCGAAAUGUCAUUAUAUCACACAUAUUUUGACAGCCUUUCAUAUUUUAUCAACAGCGUUGGAAAAUCGAGUCCCUUUACCACCCUAUAAUAUUGUUUCUUCAACUGAGACAAAGUUUGGACAAGUUAGUCUAGGUUAUAGAAUUUCAAAAAAGAUUAGACAGACAGCUUCUGGGUUAACAAGAGAUGAUCUAGAGACACCAGCUUAUGCUUGCUAUUGUUCCUAUCUUAUAAAAACAAGUCAUCUUACAAAUGAACUUAUUAAAUUGGUGUCUGCUGUAAAGUCUUUGGUUGGAGUUAAUCGAUAUGUUAAAGAAUUGGUAGACUUUUAA